GCCGGGACUGGGGCCAUGGCGAGCGGCGGGGGCGGCGGAGAGGAGGGAGGCGGUGAACGCGGGUGUCCAGAGCCCGAAGAGUCUUCGGAGCCGGGACGUGGCCCCGAGGGGGAGGCGGCGGCGGCGGCGGCGGCGGCGGCGGCAGCAGCAGCAGCGGCGGCGGACGGCGGGGGACGGCGCUGGGGAGCGCAGCACGCAGGGGCCCGCGAGCUGGCCCAACUCUACUCUCCAGGCAAGCGGCUCCAAGAAUGGUGCUGCGUGAUCCUCUGCUUCUCCCUCAUCGCCUUCAAUCUGUGCCAUCUCCUGCGGCUUGCCAGCCUGGAGCACACACACCUGGUGCUGCUGGGAAUAUUUACAGGGGCGCUGAUUGCUGACUUCCUGUCUGGACUGGUACACUGGGGGGCUGAUACCUGGGGCUCCGUGGAACUGCCUGUGGUGGGAAAGGCUUUCAUCCGACCCUUCCGGGAACACCACAUUGACCCCACAGCCAUCACCCGGCACGACUUUAUUGAGACCAAUGGGGACAACUGCCUCGUGACAUUGCUGCCUCUGGUGAACAUGGCCUACAAGUUUAACACCCUAAGUCCUGAUGAACUUUAUCAGCUCUAUCCUUGGGAGUGUUUUGUCUUCUGCCUCGUCAUCUUUGGAACCUUCACCAACCAAAUUCACAAAUGGUCUCACACUUAUGUUGGACUUCCCAGAUGGGUCACUUUCCUCCAGGACUGGCACAUCAUCCUACCCAGAAAGCACCACCGAAUCCACCAUGUUUCCCCCCAUGAAACCUAUUUCUGUAUCACCACAGGCUGGCUCAAUUACCCAUUGGAGAAGAUUGAAUUCUGGAGACGGUUAGAGGACAUUGUCCAAAGACUAACUGGAGAAAAGCCUAGAGCAGAUGAUAUGAAAUGGGCACAGAAGAUAAAGUAGUCCCCAACAGCUUUCCUUUGAGCUCUAACCUUGUUGCCAACCUUUCCAAACAGCCUCUCUCUCUCUCUCUCUCUCUCUCUCUC